GUAAAUAGUGAGAUAGACAUCCACUACUCAGUAAGGUAUAGCACUCAGUAAAGAUAUAGUUAUACUGUAGUUAUAGUAGUAAUAGUAGUAAUACAAUGGCAGAUAACAAAUAUAAGUAUAGGAUUGAAAUCCAACAAAUGAUGUUUGUCCUGGGAGAAUCCAAUGAUUCACCAGUUGAAACUACUUCAUUAAUUGAAGAUAUUGUACGAGGACAAGUAAUUGAAAUAUUACUUCAAGCUACUAAAACUGCUGCAUCAAGAGGUACUAAAUCAAUAGCUCCAGAAGAUGUAAUCUUUCUUAUAAGACAUGAUAAAGCUAAAGUUAAUCGAUUAAGAACUUAUUUAUCUUGGAAAGAUGUUCGGAAGAAUGCCAGAGAUCAAGAAGGUGGUGGAACAGAAUCUUUAAUUGAAGGUGAUGCAGCAAGUGGAGGAGCUGGAGGAGGAGCUCAAGCCAAUGAUUCAUCAAAAAUGUUAUCUCGAUAUAAGAAAUCCAAAAUUAGAUUACCAUGGGAAUUACAAUUUAUGUUUAGUGAACAACAUUUAGAAACUGCUGAAGAAUCUGAACAAGUUGAUGAUGAAGAAAAAGCAGCAACAAUUGCUUCAUUAAAACGAUUAAAAAUGGCCGAUGAUAGAACUAGAAAUAUGACGAGAGAAGAGUAUGUUCAUUGGUCAGAAUGUAGACAAGCAUCAUUUACAUUUAGAAAGGCUAAAAGAUUUAGAGAAUGGGCACAAAUGGCACAAUUAUGUGAUUCAAGACCAAAUGAUGAUGUUAUAGAUAUUCUUGGAUUCCUAACAUUUGAAAUUGUAUGUUCAUUAACUGAAGAAGCCAUGCAAAUUAAGAAUUCAGAAGAAAAGCUUAAUCAAAUUAAAUCUGAAAAGGAAAAAUCUCAGAAUCCUGGUCAACAACAGAAGAAAAGAAAGUAUUUAUUUGAUAAACCUGAUGAAUUAGCUAAUCCCUUAAUGCCAUAUCAUGUAGAAGAGGCAUGGAGACGAUUACAAUCCAUGGAUUUUAAGCAUAAGGCAGCUAGAUCCUUUGGAGGAGGUAUGAUAAGAAGUCGAACCAGAUUAAUUUAGGUAAUUAGUUGGUUAUAUCUAUAUGUAUUUAUUAAUGACAU